UGGAGGAGAACCUCCUUUAAAAAAAGAAAGAGAGAAAGAAAGAAAGCCAGGAGAGAGGAAGAGGAGGGAUCUUGCCCCUCUCCCUCCUAUGGAGAGUGGAUUUCUACUACAGGCGCCUUGGAGAGUCUUUGCGGCUGCCUGCCUGCAUGUGGUAUCUCUUUGCAAAUCACCUGCAGACUGAAAUUAUCCUCUCUGCUCCCAGGACGUAUUGCAGGGGGAGCGUUUUAAAAAUUCCCUGUUUUUGCGCGGAUCUGCUACGCUAAAGAGGGAGAAAUUCUACCAUCUCACGCGCACGGCGAGGCGGAGGGAGGGGAGGGAAAGCCCCGCUUAAAAAAAAGCAAGCCUGCUCUGUUUUCUUUCUGGAGAAACGCCCCUCUUUCUCUCUCCCCCCCCCCGCCUCACCAACCAGCCAGGCAGCCUCCUCUUGCUGCCUCCGAAGGAGAAGCGGCGUGAGAAGAGAUCUCCUUCUGGAGGGGACCUGCAAAGUUUCCUCGAGGAGCCCCCCAAAAGAUCAGGAGGGCGAGGAGUGGAAGAAGGAUCCGGGCGGGGUGGGAAAGGGGGCGCGCUUUGGCGCUGUGCCCGAUCCAGGGCGCGUGGCGCGCCAGGCGGAGGAUCCGCAAGAUCCGAGGCGCCUUUGUGGGUGGCGCGGCGCCGGCGCCCCAAAGUGGACUUUGAAAAGGAGGGAGGGACUCAGAGAGAAAGCAGGAAUUAGAGGGCGAGGAGAGGGGCGAGAGGUCUCCUCGCCUCGGGUGUUUGUCGACCAAUCGCUCCAACUGGGGGAACUUUGCCGGCCAGGGGGACAACUUGGAGAGGGCGGCAGCUCUCCGAAGAGACGCGCGGCGGCGGUUCUUGUCCUGCUCCUUCCCCCGAUUCGUCCCUGGGCGCAAAGGUGACCCACCGCCGGAUGAUUUACGGCUGCUCUCUGCCCUACGGCUCGCCCGCACUGUAAAUACGCGCUGGGGUCGCCAGAACGCGGAGAGACCCUCCUCCUGUCCACCAAAACUGGAGCGGGAGGCUGGGGCGCCACCUGACAUCUCCACGAACCCCAAAACAACCAGAGGACGCUCUUUUCCCCAGGAACCAAAAGCGGUGUGUGUGUGUGUGUACCUGCUGUUAGUUUUGUUCCCGGGAUAGAAAAAUGCUUUGAUUUUUUUUUGCAAAGCUGCCUUCGGAUGCUGCGCGAACGAAGCUCCAGCUGAGAGAAAGAGAGAGAAGGUCCUUUGGGGCUUAAGAAAAAAAAAGAAACUCAUUUUCUUUCCCCUUUUAAAAUAUAACCUCUGCUUAACUAUGGAUUUCCUGGCGGCGUGGAUGCGUCUCCUGCUCGUCUUGGCUGCCUUUGCCGUUUUGCCCCAUCAGGCUGAAGGUGUGUGCGUCUACCGAGGCUCAUCAUUUCAGAACAACACCGCGUGGAAGCCAGACUCCUGCCGGGAGUGCGGUUGCCAUGGCGACAUUGUCCUGUGCAAAGCCGUCGUUUGCAAAAACCCUCGCUGCGACUUCAGGAAGGGGGAAGUGCUCCAAACACCUGCCAACGCUUGCUGCCCUGAGUGCGUUUCGCAAACGGAGGGAUUUUGUGAGCAUGAAGGACGGGUCCACGAGCAUGGUACGGAAUGGGCUGGCUCCGGAUGUACGACCUGCUCUUGUGCCAGUGGGGAGGUCACCUGUACACCCAAGGCUUGCCCUGCCCUCUCCUGCGAGGGAGUGGGGGCCCCCAGGAAAGGAGAGUGCUGCCCACGGUGUGCCGGCAGUGGAGAGCCUUGCUCUUUCGAUGGUCAAACGUACCUGGAUGGUGAGGAGUGGCGGCCCAGCAAGUGUGCCAGAUGUGUCUGUCGGAACGGGACUGCGCAGUGCUUCACCGUAGUUUGUCAGCCUAUAUUGUGUAAAGAGGAUGAAAGUGCGGUUGUACCUGCUGGGAGGUGUUGCCCAAAAUGCACUCCAAAAUCCUGCUCUGCACCUGGGAGAGCAUAUGAGCACGGCGAGCAGUGGCAGAAAGAUGCCUGCACAACCUGUGUCUGCGACAGAGGGGAGCCCAGGUGUCUGAGGCAGACCUGCACACCUGUGACCUGUGAGAAGGGGGAGAGCAAAAUACAGCGUCCUGGAGUUUGCUGCGAGGAAUGCGUCCCCUCCAAGGGGAGCUGCGUCCAUGACGGCGUCGUAAGGUACCACGACGAGAUGUGGAACGGUACCGGGUGCGUGUUCUGCAUGUGUGACGGAGGGCGAGUCUCUUGCUGGCACGGAGGGUGUGCCAAGGUGGAGUGUGCCCCGGGUGAAGAAUUAGUUCAUUUAGAAGGCAAGUGUUGUCCCGAAUGCAUUUCCAGAGGCAGGCCCUGUGUUCACCAAGGACGUACCAAAUAUAGCGGAGAAAAAUGGAAAGAAGCUCUGUGCCACGAAUGUGAGUGCCAGGACUCCGACGUGGUUUGCUCCUCUCCGUCCUGUCCGACUUGCCCCACAGGCAGCGUGGCAGUUGCUGCGGCAGGACAAUGCUGCCCUCCUUGUGAGCCAGGUCGGUGCCAUGCGGAUUGCGUGACCUGCUCACAGUCUUUUGACCUCUGCGACGUCUGCCGUGACACAACCAAGCGGCUGCAGGCUGGGCGCUGUGUGGCCAGCUGUGGAUCUGGGUAUUAUCACGAUGCUGGGCUUUGCUUAGCCUGCAAGAAGACAUGCUCUAAUUGCACUGACGCGUUUGUGUGUACAGCAUGCAAAGAUUCGCUACAGUUGAAGGAUGGCCAGUGUGUGGCAUCAUGUGGUGAAGGAUUCUUUCCAGGAGCCCUCCAGUGCGCAGCUUGCCAUGAAUCCUGCGCUACUUGUUGGGGCCCAAACGCUAACAAUUGCUUCACCUGCAAAGACCCGUCUGCCGUGUUACGGGAAGGUUCCUGUGUUGCGAGUUGUGGCCAAGGGUUCUACAUCCAGGAUGGUGUUUGCAAAGCCUGCAACGAGACCUGCGAUAAAUGUUACUCAGACCGGCCCAGAUGCUCAGCCUGUCCUUCGGGUGGACUUUUGCACGGCGGGGGCUGCGUGCCGGAAUGCCCCGGCGGCUAUUACGCAGACAGUUCUCAAAGAUGCAGAGCUUGUCAUGGCUCCUGCACCAGCUGUGUCGGACCUUUGUCUACUCAGUGUGCUUCCUGUUCUUAUCCCCUAGCCCUACGCCAGGGUCAGUGCCUUUCUGCAUGCGGAGAGGGCUUUUACCAGGACCACACCAUCUGCAAAGGAUGCCAUUCAUCUUGCCGCGAGUGCCUUGGCCCUGAACAUUCGCACUGUACAAAGUGCAUGAAGCCAGAGGAGGGGCUGCAACCUGGAAUGAUGCUCGAGGGGACAUCUGUUGGUGUCUGCCUACCCCAAUGCAAAGACCAUUUCUACCUCCAUAGCGAUGGGAUAUGCAAAGAGUGCCACUCCUCCUGCUUAUCCUGUGUGGAGAAAUCGCCAGAGAACUGCACCGCAUGCGCACCCCCACGAACCUUUCACGAAGGCCGGUGUGUCUCUGAAUGUCUGGAUGGAUGGUAUCAACAGGAGGCGAGGUGCUACCUGUGUCACCCCUCUUGCAAGACAUGCCAUGGGCCGUCAGAUGCAGACUGCGCCACCUGCCACCCUCACGCCAUUCAGGCCAAAGGAAGGUGCAGGACUCCCUGCAAGGCGGAACAAUACCUCAAUCUGGUGGGCUACUGUGUUGAUUGCCACCCUUCGUGUGCGCAGUGCGUGGCAGAUCUCCAGGACACGGGAAGCAUCUGCUUGAAGUGCCAAAACCUCCAUCAUUUGCUCCUGAGAGAGCGCUGCUUGCCUGAGUGCCCCACCGGAUAUUACAAGGCUGGCGGGGAGUGUCGAAAGUGUGACACUUCGUGUAGAACUUGCCGAGGGGAGGGGCCGUCCUCCUGUACCUCCUGCGAUUCGAACCUUGUCCUCUCUCACACCGGCACGUGCAUCUCGGCCUGCUUCCUCGGGUUCUACAGGGAUGAGAACCAGCAUUGCAAACCUUGCAGUAGUCGGUGCCUGAGCUGUGAUUCGGGGACCCGUUGCACAUCCUGCAAAGACCCGUCCUACGUCUUGCUCUUUGGCGAAUGCCAGAAUGACAGCUGCGCUCCACAGUAUUACCUCGACUUCUCCACCAGGACCUGCAAAGAGUGUGACUGGAGCUGCAACGCUUGUAGUGGUCCCCAGAGCACCGAUUGCUUGCAGUGCAUGGAGGGCUACAUUCUCCAUCAAGGUUCCUGUCUGGAGCGUUGCCCUCCUGCUUUCUACAAGGAAUCCGACACUUGCCAAAGAUGUGAUGAUGACCGCUGCCUGAAGUGCCGUGGCCCGAGUGAUUGCGCCCGCUGUGAAGCCCCGUUUCUUCUCAUGGGGUCCCAGUGCGUCUCGUCAUGUGGAAAGCGGUUUUAUGCAGACCACGGAGAGCAAAGGUGCUCAGCCUGCCCCAAAGGAUGCUUGGAAUGUGACAAAUCAAGUCGGUGCCGAGUUUGCGACUCCACUACAUUUCUGCAGGAAAGCCGCUGCGUCUCUGACUGCAGCCAUGGUUUCUAUGGAAAUCCCUGGAGCAGAGAGUGUGAAACUGUCAUGCAAAUUCCUGUUCUCAGGGCAAAUGGUUCACUCCAGGUAGGAAUUGGUGAGGUGAAGCCCCUUGACCUCUCCAUCCUGGAGUUGCAAGGCCCUGUUAGCGAUGGAGAAGGCUUCUUGUUUCAUGUGGCUGACCCCCCCACCAAUGGCAGACUACUGACUGUGGCAAAUGGGAAAGAGACAGAGUUGAGCCAGGGCGACCGUUUCACCGUGGAAGAUGUGAAGGGGCAGAGAGUUCGUUUCAUGCAUGAUAAGAAGAAAUCCAGGAAUGGGCAGUUUUCCCUAAAGAUCAGCCAUCAACAGUACUUCUCUGAACCAGAAACAUUCACUGUUCAAGCACAAUCAACAAGGGCUCCCUACGUUCUAAGGAACGAAGCCCUCAUUCUUGGCCAAGGGGAAGCUGGAGCCAUCACCAACCUUUUGCUGGAUAUUCGAGACAGUGAUAAUCCUGAGGAUGUGACGCUGGCUGUUUUAGACCCUCCGAAACACGGGCAGCUAGCCAAGCUUUCUGGGGACACAUGGCUGCCGAUGAAUCUUUUCCACCUUGAUGACCUCUUGCAGGGAUUUGUGCUUUACAUCCACGAUGGAUCUUACAGUUCGGAAGACACUGCGGUUCUGCAGGCAAGCGAUGGGUAUCACUUUCAGAAUAUACUCUUCCACAUCAAAAUUGCACCGAAAAGCAAUGGGCUGCCGCGAUUAGUUGCUAGCUCGAUGGUGUGGGUCCCGGAGGGAGGGAUGCUGCAAAUCACCAACAGAAUUCUGCAAGCUGAGGUGCCAGGGGUCAGCGAUUCCGCGAUCGUCUACACAAUUAGAGAUCAGCCACGAUACGGCGAAGUGGUGUUUCUGGUCCCGAUGCCGGCAGAUGACCCCGGGCCAGUAUGGCAGCCUCUCCCUGAUGGAAGAGGAGCCACACCAACCACCUCGUUCACACAGCGAGACAUCAACGAAGGCGUGAUCUGGUACAGGCACUCCGGAUCUGAGACAGAGAGCGACUCCUUUCGCUUCCAGGUCUCUAGUGCUGUCGCCCCACAAGCCCAUCUGGAGACGCACUUGCUCAACAUUGCCAUCCUGCCACACACCCCAGAGUCCCCCAUGAUCUCCCUGGGCUCUUCUUUCCACAUGACCGCUCUAGAAGAUCGUGUGACCCCAAUAGAACCCCAUCAUCUCUCCUUUGUCAACUCGGAGAGUCCAACUGAGAAAGUCGUGUACAAUGUGACUGUACCUUUGCCACCAAAUCAAGGCAUCGUGGAGCACAGGGAUAGGCCCCUGUCCCCAGUGAAGUACUUUACACAGGCUGACAUCAACCAUGGCAAAAUCGUGUACCGCCCACCUACUGCAGCCCCUCAUAUCAGAGAGCUGAUGGAAUUCUCCUUUGCUGGCCUUCCGGAAUCCGUCAGCUUUCAUUUUACAGUCUCAGACGGAGAACAUACAAGCCCUGAGAUGACAUUUACUAUCCACUUGCUCCUCACUGAUGAUGGAUCACCGUUAUUCCAGAUCACUUCUCCAGUCCUUGAGGUCAGCCAAGGAGGCAGAGCCACCAUCGGGAUACAGCUGACAGUGAGUGAUGUGGACAGAACUCCUGAAGACCUUUUCUUUGAGGUGGUGGAUCCUCCUCAUCAUGGAGAACUAUUCAAGCUCAGCUCCACAUUCCCAAACCGCCUGAGUGCAGGAGAUACCUUCACGUAUGAGGAGGUCGCCAGGAAUGCUCUGCACUACAUCCAUGAUGGUUCGUCCUCAGUGGAAGACACUAUGGAGAUUUCAGUGACGGAUGGCAUCACCACAGCUACAGCUGUACUGAAAGUCAAAGUAGCCCUGAUUGACAGUGAAGGCCCCAGGCUGGAUCCCGGCUGCUCACUCGCCAUCACGGUGGCUGCUAAAAGCUCUGUGAUCAUCACCCGAUCCCACUUUGCCUAUAUUGAUAAUAACUCUCCUGAUUCCAGGAUAAGGAUUCAUUUAAUUUCCCUUCCCAUGUAUGGAACUCUGGUGCGGACAAUACCCGGACAAGAUUCUCAGGAGUUUUCUGAGGUCUAUAAUUUCACGAUGGAGGACAUCAACAAUAAAAGAAUCAGAUACCUCACAGAGUUUGAGACCUUCAGUCAGCCAGUCACCGACAUGUUCCACUUUGCUGUUUUCGACGAGGACGGCAACCGGCUUGACAGCCAGAUGUUCACCAUCACUAUCACGGCUGUCCAGAGCAAGCCUCCAGUCAUCACUUUUGCCGACCAUAUUGUGGUGGAUGAAGGAGGGAGGGUACCACUUAGAGCUCACCACUCCUUAACCAUUGACUCCCAUCUUGCCCAGGAAGGCUUAGUGGUGACAAUCACAUCUUUCCCAAGAUAUGGGUACAUUGAAAACACCAAAACAGGUAGGCGACUUGGUCCUGGACACACUGCAAGCUCAGACCUCUCGUUCUCAAUUCAAGAUGUGGUAGAGAACCACAUCUAUUACUUUCAAAGUGUCCAUGAAAGUAUUGAGCCAUCCACGGACACCUUUAGUUUUUAUGUCAGCGAUGGCUUCAGCCAAUCGGAAACCAGCAGCGUCAACAUCACCAUCAAGCGUCUAAAUGAUGAGCCCCCAGAAUUGGAGGUGGAGCCUGUCAAAGUGCAAGAAAGCCAAGCGGUUGUGAUCACAAAUUCCUCCUUGAGGAUGAAAGACCUGGACACUCCUGACAACCAACUGGUCUUUGUAGUGACCAAGAAACCCACUUAUGGUUACCUCCGCAAGAGACAGUCUCAUCUGGAUCCCUUGGAGAAUGGUCAAACCCUGGCCGAGGGCUCCACCUUCACCUACCAAGAUGUCCUGGAUGAACUAAUCAUUUACACACUGGGCAGUUCCAGUGUCCAGUCUGAUGAGUUCAGAUUCUCCCUCUCCGACGGCCUCUACACGCAGACUGGGAAGGUGGCAUUUUCCAUUGAGCUGCCCGAGUCGGAUCCACCAAGAUUAGUUGUGAACAGGGGCUUGCAACUUUCUGCUGGCUCUGUGGCAGUCCUUACAGACCAGCACUUGAAGGCCACAGACUCAGAUUCGGAUGACCUGGCUAUCAGAUACAUCAUGAAGAAAGACCCUGUGCUUGGAGUUCUGCGUAUUCAUAAAAGAGAUUCCCUUGAUCAGAUCUCUGCCAAAGGACCAGUGAGAAGCUUCACACAGGCGGAUAUAAAUAAAGGACAGGUAGAGUACAGCCACGAGAAAGGGCAUCCUGCUGGGACAUUUGCUUUCAUUUUUGAUGUGGCUGAUGCAGAAGGAAACAAAAUGGCGGACCAGGCGUUUACGCUUCGGGUAAUGGAAGAUCGGUUGCCACCAUCCGUCAUUGUCAACACAGGACUGGCCCUGGACGAGAACUCGGUGAAGAAGAUCACCACUCUCGAGUUGUCCGCUGUGGAUCAGGACAGCGAGCCAAGUGAUCUCCUGUACAGGAUUACUAAGCAGCCCCAACUGGGGCACAUAGAGCACUCUGCAUCACCAGGCAGAAGGAUUAGCUCCUUCAGGCAGGCAGACCUGGUCUCCCGCAACAUACAGUACAUCCAUACCAGUGAGGAUGAGAAACAUUCUGACACAUUUACCUUCUCCGUUUCCGAUGGCACACACGAGGUGAGCCAGAAUUUUGACAUCAACAUUAACCCAGUAGACGACUCUUUGCCUGUUGUGCAGAGCCCUGGGAUGAGGGUGCAAGAAGGAGUGAGGAAAACCAUCACGGAGUUUGAGCUUAAGGCCACAGACACGGACACAGAGGCCAGAUCCAUCACAUUCACGAUCGUGCAGCCGCCACGGCAUGGCCUGAUCGAACGUACCAGCGACGGGCACCGCUAUCGCCAGACCCACACCUUCACAAUGGAGGAUGUCUUCCAGAACCGGAUCAGCUAUAGUCACGACGGGAGCAACUCCCUGGAGGACCGCUUCACCUUCACUGCGUCCGAUGGAUCCAAUCCCUUUUUCGUCGUGGAGGAGGAUGGGAAAGAGCUUGUGACUGCUGUGCCCCAGUUGUUCAGAGUGGAAAUUCUUCCUGUGGAUGAUGGAACCCCCAGAAUUGUCACAAACUUGGGCCUGCAGUGGCUGGAGUACGUGGAUGGCAAGCCGAAAAAUCUGAUCACCAAGAAAGAGCUGUUGACAAUGGAUCCUGAUACAGAAGACAAACAGCUGAUCUACGAGAUAACAGCUGGGCCAGAGCAUGGCUAUGUGGAGAAGAAGUUGCAGCCGGGAGUGGCAGUGACUACAUUUACUCAAGAGGAUGUUAACUUGGGAUUGAUCGAGUAUGUGCUGCAUGAGGAGCAGACUCAAGAGACAGAAGACAGUUUUCAGUUUCUUGUAAAGGACAGCAAACCCAGUAUGGUCACUGACAAUACUUUCCAUGUUCAGUGGUCUCUUAUCAGCUUUCAGCACACCAGCUACAAUGUCAGUGAAAAGGCAGGCUCUAUCAGUGUCACAGUGAAGAGGACAGGUAACCUCAAACAAUAUGCUAUUGUUCUGUGCCGUACGGAGCAGGGAACUGCCACCUCCAGCUCAGCUUCACGGCCAGGAGAACAGGACUACGUGGAAUAUGCAGGCCAGGUUCAGUUUGAUGAACGGGAGGACACAAAAUCCUGCACUAUCCUGAUAAACGAUGACAAUGUAUUUGAGAACACGGAGAGCUUCACUGUGGAGCUCAGCAUGCCAGCGUAUGCCUUGCUGGGGGACAUCACCGAGGCCAAAGUCUUCAUCAGCGAUGCGGAAGAUGAGCCCACCCUACAGUUUGACAAGAAGGUCUACCACAUCAGCGAGAGUGCUGGCAUCCUCUCUGCCCCCGUUGAAAGGAAAGGCGACUCGAGCAGCAUCGUGUCUGCAGUAUGCUACACAGUCCCCCAAAGUGCCAAAGGUAGCAGUGCACACGCCUUAGAGUCUGGAUCAGACUUCAAGUCCAGGGGGAUGUCCAAUGAAAAUCGCGUGGUGCUGGGGCCUGGCGUCACUAUGACCACUUGUGACGUGAAGCUGAUUGACGACAGCGAGUACGAAGAGGAGGAAGAAUUUGAAAUCGCGCUUGCCGACGCGUCGGAGAACGCGCGCAUAGGGAGCAUAGCUUCAGCGAAGGUCAUGAUCAGUGGUCCCAACGAUGCUUCAACAGUGUCCCUUGGAACGGCUACUUUUACAGUCAGCGAGGAUGCAGGAAUCAUUGAAAUCCCAAUUACUAGGCAUGGCCCUGACCUCUCGACCCCCACGUCCGUAUGGUGUGCCACUCGGACAUCGGAUCCGCCAUCGGCAACUCCGGGUGUGGACUACAUACCCAGCUCCAAGAAAGUGGAAUUUCGUCCAGGAAAAACUGAGGAGUACUGCACCUUGACAAUCCUGGAUGAUGCACAGUACCCAGUCAUCGAAGGGGUGGAGACGUUUGUCGUCUACUUGAGCUCGCCGCAAGGAGCAGAGCUGGCCAAGCCUUUUCAAGCAGUGGUGGCAAUCAAUGACACCUUCCAGGAUGUGCCAAACAUGAAAUUUAGCAAAGAAUUGUACCCUGUGAAAGAGAAGGAGGGCGUCCUCCACAUUCCGAUCAUCCGCACCGGAGACUUAAGCUAUGAGUCGUCUGUCAGGUGCUACACCCAGGGCCAGACAGCAAAAGCCAUGGAGGACUUUGAGGAAAGGACAAACACCGAGGAAUCGCGUGUCACUUUUCUGAAAGGGGAGAAGGUAAAGAACUGCACUAUCUUGAUUAAUGACGACUCUGCCUUUGAACCAGAGGAGAAGUUCCAGAUAUACCUAAGCAACCCUCUUGGAAACCAUUGGAGUGGGGCUACAGUUGGCAAGAAUAAUAUGGCCUCCAUUAUUAUCUCCAAUGAUGAAGAUGCUCCCACCAUCGAGUUUGAGGAAGCUGCUUAUCAAGUCCGUGAACCUCCUGGGCCUGAAGGGGUUGCUUUCUUGAAUGUCAAGGUCCUGCGGAGAGGGGACCAAAACAGGACCUCCAAAGUUCGCUGCAGCACCCGCGACGGCUCUGCUCAGUCUGGGAUCGAUUACUACCCAAAGAGUCGAGUCCUCAAGUUCAGUCCUGGAGUGGACCACAUCGUAUUUAAGGUAGAGAUCAUGUCCAAUGAAGACAGGGAAUGGCACGAGUCCUUUUCCCUGGUGUUAGGGCCAGAUGACCCUGUUGAAGCUGUCCUGGGGGAGAUCACCACUACAAUCGUCACCAUUCUGGACCAGGAAGCAGCUGGAAGCCUCAUUUUGCCAGCUCCUCCUAUUGUGGUUACGCUGUCAGAGUAUGAUCACAUAGAAGAAGAAGCCAAAGAAGGAGCUAAGAAGUCUCCCUCUCCAGGCUACCCGUUGGUCUGCGUGACGCCUUGCGACCCUCACUUCCCCAAGUACUCUGUGAUGAAAGAGCGCUGCGGCGACGCCGGGAUAAACCAGUCCUCCAUACAGUUCAGCUGGGAAGUAGCUACGCCCACGGACGGGAAUGGAGCCAGAUCUCCCUUUGAAACGAUUACAGACAACACUCCCUUCACCAGUGUCAAUCACAUGGUGCUAGACAGCAUUUACUUCAGCCGGAGAUUCCACGUUCGCUGCGUGGCCAAAGCCGUGGACAAGGUUGGCCAUGCCGGCACUCCACUGAGAAGCAACAUAGUCACCAUUGGGACAGACAGCGCCAUCUGCCACACGCCAAUAGUGGCUGGAACAGCCCGGGGGUUUCAAGCGCAGUCCUUCGUUGCCACUUUGAAGUAUCUGGAUGUUAAGCACAAGGAGCACCCCAACAGAAUCCAUAUCUCAGUGCAGAUUCCACACCAGGACGGGAUGCUUCCUCUCAUCUCCACGAUGCCUCUGCACAACUUGCAUUUCCUCUUGUCGGAAUCCAUCUACAGGCACCAGCAUGUCUGCUCCAACCUGGUCAGCAUCCAAGAUCUUAAGGGCAUCUCAGAAGCUGGAUUCCUAGAUGAAGUGACCUACAAUAGCAUCGUUCUUGGACCCGGGUACGAUCGACCGUACCAGUUCGACCCCAGUGUGAGAGAGGCAAAGACCAUCCAGCUGUACAAGCACCUGAACCUGAAGAGCUGCAUCUGGACUUUUGACGCGUACUAUGACAUGACAGAAUUAAUUGACGUCUGCGGAGGAUCGGUCACGGCCGACUUCCAGGUUCGCGAUUCAGCUCAGUCCUUCCUGACAGUCCAUGUCCCUCUCUACGUCUCCUACAUUUAUGUGACCGCGCCUAGAGGAUGGGCCUCUCUGGAACAUCACACUGAGAUGGAGUUUUCCUUCUUCUAUGACACAGUCCUCUGGAGAACAGGCAUUCAGACCGACAGUGUCCUUUCUGCUAGGCUGCAGAUAAUAAGGAUCUACAUUCGAGAGGAUGGUCGGCUAGUCAUUGAGUUCAAGACUCAUGCCAAGUUCCGAGGGCACUUUGUGAUGGAACACCACACUUUGCCAGAUGCAAAGUCUUUCAUCAUGACUCCUGAUCACUUGGGAGGGAUGGAGUUUGACCUGCAGCUUUUAUGGAGUGGCCAGACUUUUGAUUCCCCUUAUCAGCUCUGGAGAGCAACCAGCUCCUACAGCAGGAAGGAUUACUCGGGAGAAUACACCAUCUACUUAAUACCGUGCACUGUGCAGCCCACGCAAUCAUGGGUUGAUCCAGGAGACAAGCCUUUACCCUGCACUGCUCAUGCUCCAGAAAAAUUUCUGAUCCCAAUUGCCUUCCAGCAAACUAACCGGCCGGUCCCCGUGGUGUAUUCCCUGAACACAGAAUUUCAGCUCUGCAACAACGAGAAAGUGUUUCUGAUGGACCCAACCAAAUCGGAAAUGUCCAUGGCAGAGAUGGACUACAAAGGAGCUUUUUCAAAGGGCCAAAUCCUUUACGGCCGCGUGAUGUGGAAUCCUGAGCAGAAUCUCAACUCUGCCUACAAACUGCAGUUGGAAAAAGUCUAUCUCUGCACAGGGAAGGACGGCUACGUGCCUUUCUUUGACCCGACGGGGACCAUCUAUAACGAGGGUCCGCAGUAUGGCUGCAUCCAACCCAGCAAACACCUGAAGCACAGAUUUCUGCUGCUGGACAGGACUCAACCAGAAGCGACCGACAAAUACUUCCACGAUGUACCUUUCGAUGCCUGUUUUGCUUCUGAGCUGCCCGAUUUCCACCUGGUCAGCAGCAUGCCUGGAGUGGACGGCUUCAUCAUGAAGGUGGAUGCCCUCUACAAGGUGGAAACCGGGCAUCAGUGGUACCUCCAAGUGAUCUACGUCAUCGGCCCUGAGACCAUCGCAGGUCCCCGGGUGCCACGUUCUCUGGUGCAGCAGCUGCGACGCAGCCGCCGGGACCUUGCGAGCCCCAAGGGCGGCCUGAUUCUAGAUGACUCCUUGAUCUACGACAAUGAAGGAGACCAGGUCAAGAACGGCACGAACAUGAAGUCUCUAAGCCUGGAGCAGCAAGAGGCGGUAGCCGCCGCUUCCCUGUCACAGACGGGGGCGUCCAUCGGCAGCGCCUUUGCAGCCAUCAUGCUCCUCUUGCUGGUUCUCCUGAUCUUCUGCUUCGUGACCAGGAAGUGUCGGAAGCACAGGAAAAAGAAAAAGGCGGCUAGGGACGCCGUGGAGCAGUAUCCUCUCAACACCAAAGUAGAGGCCGCCAAGAGGAACACAGAGGGUGUCGAGAAGAACGUCAACAGACAGUAUUGCACCGUGAAGAACCUGAACGUACUCUGCGAAAGCGACGGGGCCUACAAGGCCCAAGGGGCAAAGGUCAAGCAAGUGAACUUGGCAGUGAAAGUCCACAACAAUUUACAUGACGGGACAGAAGUCUAGUAGCCUGCGCACAACUUUUCUCUCUUUUUCUUUUUGUAAUAUCUUUUUUAUAAAUUGUACAAAGGAAAUUGGA